AGAAUUUCGAGCCACUUUAAUUUUCCCGGGGUGCGGCACACCACUCUAGCUAGGCGCAUCGCCGCGACAAGAGGUUUCCAUCCCCGACUCUACCACGACAACCCAGAUCUCAGUGCAUCACCCGCCGGGCACAAAUCAGUCAAGAUGGCUUUCACCAAGUUGGUCAAGAACAGCGCUUACUACAGCCGCUUCCAAACCAAGUACAAGCGCAGAAGAGCGGGUAAGACCGACUACUACGCCCGCAAGCGCCUCAUCACCCAGGCCAAGAACAAGUACAAUGCGCCCAAGUACCGCCUGGUCGUCCGCUUCACCAACCGCGACAUCAUCAUGCAGAUCGUCACCUCCGAGAUUGGCGGCGACAAGGUCUUCGUCGCUGCCUACUCCCACGAGCUCCGCGCCUACGGCAUCGAGCACGGCCUGACCAACUGGUCCGCCGCCUACGCCACCGGUCUGCUCAUCGCCCGCCGUGCCCUCCACAAGCUCGGCCUCAACGAGACCUUCACUGGUGUCGAGGAGGCUGACGGCGAGUACACCCUCACCGAGGCCGCCGAGGAGGAUGGCGAGACCCGCCGCCCCUUCAAGGCCCACCUCGACGUCGGUCUUGCCCGCACCUCCACCGGUGCCCGUGUCUUUGGUGCCAUGAAGGGUGCCUCUGACGGCGGCAUCCUCGUGCCCCACUCCGAGAACCGCUUCCCCGGUUACGACAUGGAGACCGAGGAGCUCGACGCCGAGACCCUCAAGAAGUACAUUGUCGGUGGCCACGUCGCCGAGUACAUGGAGACCCUCGCCGACGACGACGAGGAGCGCUACAAGUCCCAGUUCCAGAAGUACCUCGACGACGACCUCGAGGCCGACGGUCUCGAGGACAUGUACACCGAGGCCCACGCUGCCAUCCGUGAGGACCCCUUCAAGAAGUACGAGUCCGACGCCCCCAAGAAGUCCAAGGACGAGUGGAAGGCCGAGUCCAAGAAGUUCCGCCAGGUCAAGAAGACCAAGGCCGAGCGUGAGGAGACCGUCCGCGAGAAGAUUGCCGAGCUCCGUGCCCAGUAAAUGGGAGACGCUGGAACUCGAAUGAGAAGAUGAAAAAAAAAAUCCCCCAAAGCAAUCUUUUCUAGCAUGACGUGCGUGGACGGGGUUUACCGAAAGUGAAGUUGGGAGUUUCAAUCACAUUGGGACACAAGGACACAACUAGGUCUGCUUCAUUCCAAGAGAGGACAAAAAAACAAAAAAGGCAAUGGUGUUGAUUCGUGUGCCAUCCGAACCACCAUCCUGGGCAUAUGCAUGUGGAGUUCACGGGGUUGGGAAAAUUUGUUACGGACUUGUUUGGCUGGUUUUUCUAAUGAGACAAAGUUGAUCAAGUUGCAAUGAAUACCUGACAGUGAUUGAGAGUAAGCAAAG